GUCCUAAGAAAGGAAAGUUUAUACACGUUCAGAGGAGGAGGAGGUGGCGGCGGCGGGGGCCGAGGACCAGGUGAGCGGGACGUGCGCGAGGGCUUGGAGAGAAGGAAAGAAGAGGGAGUCGGGAUCCAGGAGCGGGUGCUCCCAUGGCGGGCUCGGAAGAGCUGGGGCUCCGGGAGGACACGCUGAGGGUCCUAGCUGCCUUCCUUAGGCGGGGUGAGGCUGUGGGGUCUCCCAUUCCGACGCCACCCAGGAGCCCUGCCCAGGAGGAGCCAACAGACUUCCUGAGCCGCCUUCGAAGAUGUCUUCCCUGCUCCCGGGGGCGAGGAGCCGUUCCCCCUGAGUCCCCUCGGCCUUGCUCCCUGCCACUCCGACCCUGCUAUGGUUCAGAGCCCGGCCCUGCUACCCCAGAUUUCUAUGCCCUGGUGGCCCAGCGGCUGGAACAGCUGGUCCAAGAGCAACUGAGAUCCCCACCUAGUCCAGAAUUACAGUGUCCCGCACCCACAGAGAAGGAAGCCCUGCUGCGAAAGCUGGUGGCCUUGCUGGAAGAGGAGGCAGAAGUCAUCAAUCAGAAGCUGGCUUCAGACCCAGCCUUGCAGCGCAAACUGGCGCGCCUCUCUGCCAGUUCCUUCAGCCGCCUAGUGGAGCUCUUCUCUAGCCGAGAGGUCAGCCCUCGCCCAAGCCAAGCACUACCGUGCCCUGGGCCUCCGCCACCUUCCCCGGAACCCCUGGCCCGCCUGGCCCUGGCCAUGGAGCUGAGCCGGCGCGUGGCUGGGCUGGGGGGCACCUUGGCCGGACUCAGUGUAGAGCAUGUGCACAGCUUCGCGCCCUGGAUCCAGGCCCACGGGGGCUGGUCUCUGCUCUCACUCGGCCAGUGUGGACACAGCUGUGAGUGGAGGACGCCUCUCCGCUUACGGGAGUCUGCCACUUUUCCCUUCCAGGAGGGCAUCUUGGCAGUUUCACCUGUGGACUUGAACUUACCCUUGGACUGAGCUUUCCCUCAGAAGUUGCUGCAAGAAGUUCCCUCACGUCCCUGCACUCUUUCCAAGCCUUCCUAUUCCACUCAGGGCUGUGGGGUGGUGCCCACCCUCUGUUUUUUGCCAAAAAAAAAACCAAAAAAAAUCUGUUUAAAAUGUUUUCACAUUAAAAAACUUUUUCAAGUA